GCCGCAGUAAGGGAAGUGUCGCAGAGUGAUCGGCUCAAUUCUGUGGCGCUGCGUACAUUCAGCCAACGUUUUUAUCAGCUAAUCAGAAGAAACACACUUUAUUGUAUUUUAACUAUAUAAACACCGUCACAGAAUGGCCACUGAUUCAGGCUACGGUGGCUCACAGAGCUAUGGGUCAUACGGCGGUCAACAGAGUGGACAGCCUUCUGAUCCACAGGGUUAUGGACAAGGUAAUGGCAGUGGCUCUUACAGCGGACAGAGUUACCCUGGCUAUGGACAGCAAGGCGCUGCUGCAACACAAGAAUUGUCCUCGACAGGAGGCUAUGGCCAACCUGCUCAGGAACAGAGCUUUGAUGCGUACGGACAAGAUUCCUCUGGGUAUGGCAACAAAUCGUCGUCUUACGGGCAGCAAAGCUCCUAUGGUAGCCAGCCUCCAGGUGGAGACAGCUAUGGACAGAGUUCCUACGGAGGCCAGAGCCGAGGAGCCGCAGCAGCUGGGGGUGGAGGAGGAGGAGGAGCAGCAGCAGCACCAGGAGGCGGCAGCAGCUAUGGCAGAUGGAGCGAAGGUGAAGGAGGGGGUCAGGGUUCGAGGUUUGGACGUGACCAGGGAGACCGUGCAGAUGGUGAAGGGAGCUACAGAGGUCGUGGUGGCGGUGGCAGUGGUGGGGGCUACGACCGCGGCAGUGGCUACGACCGCAGUGGUGGCUACGACCGUGGUAGUGGAUAUGACCGUGGCGGAAGAGGAGGACCUCCUGGUAUGGGAGGUGGUGACCGUGGUGGCUACAAAAAUUACGGUGGCUCUCGAGACUUCGACUCAAGGGAUGAACACGGUGGUGAUCAGGACAACUCUGACAACAACACCAUUUUUGUCCAGGGACUGUCAGAAGACGCCACAGUUCAGGAAGUCGGUGACUACUUCAAGCAAAUUGGAAUCAUCAAGUUGAAUAAGAAGACCGGCCUGCUUAUGAUCAACAUCUACACGGAUAAAGCCACCGGUCGGCCAAAGGGAGAAUGUACCGUGUCCUUUGAUGACCCCCCCUCUGCCAAAGCUGCUAUUGACUGGUUUGACGGCAAGGAGUUCAACGGCAAACCUAUCAAAGUAUCGUUUGCCACCCGCCGAGCCGAGUUCACACAGAGAGGAGGAGGAGCAGGAGGCGGAGGAGGAAGAGGAGGCGGAGGGCGUGGAGGUGGGGGUGGGGGUUUCAGAGGCCGUGGUGGAGGAGGAGGAGGCGGACCUAACUUUGACAUUAAGGGAGGAGACUGGCCCUGUCCCAACAGCUCUUGUGGCAACAUGAAUUUUGCCCGGCGGCAAGAGUGUAACAAGUGUGGUGCUCCCAAACCCGGAGAUGCAGGAUUCGGUGGAGACCGUGGAGGCAGAGGAGGUUAUGGCGGAGACCGAGGUGGUGGCUUCAGGGGUCGUGGAGGAGGUUUCCGUGGCGGAGACCGCGGGGGAGACCGUGGAGGCGACCGUGGAGGCUACGGAGGAGGUGGCGGAGGAUACGGAGGGGGUUACAAGAUGGGAGGAAGAGGCGAGCGUAGAGACGACAGAAGAGAGCGGCCAUACUAAGUGUUGAGCAGAUGGAAACCACUCCAGCCCUUGAGUUCGCCAUGGAGGGAGGGUUUAGUUUGGGAGAAAAAGGAGCGUAAAUCAGAACGUCUGAUCCCGGUUUCCUUUCCUUUUUCGCAACCACACUAUCCCAACUUUUACUGCUCAUCUGAGCGCGGGACGGAGAUGUUGAUCUACUGUAAAGGGACUUUGGGGCGGAUUGGCACUGUUGGCAUGUGGUCAAAUGUUUUUUUGUUUUUUUUCCCCCUCUGCUUUUUUUUGUUUUUUUUCCUUGUACAUCUUUUUAAUUUCCUCUCAGAUUCUAGCCGCAGGUGUUUUGGUGAGGUAGACUUCGUACCAUGUUUUGUAUGAACUGAUUAAAUGUUUUACUUGGGUUCUUUUUUUUUUUCUCAAAUAUUAAAAACUGUGAUCUUU